AUGAUGUUUAUAACCGGCACUCCCGAGAACAAGGGCCGAGUUUCGUCACACCCUAAGAAGGGGAGCGGCUCGUCACCAGCCUCAUCAUCAACGUCAAAGAGACGUUCCAAGUCUCGCACGCCGAUAGGCAAGGAAAGCAGCCGGAGGUCCAGUGCGUCGUUUGUCCCGACCUAUCCGUUGACUUCGGCUUGGGACGACUUCAUCGGGCUCUCCAGCAACGGCACCGAGUCGCAGGUGCUAUUCACCGCAUUGCAGACUCCUCUCAAGAGUGUCAUUCGAGAAGAGGACGACUCUGGAGAUGAUGCCAGAUUCAAGGUGUCUUUUGUUCCAACUACCCCUCCUGAACUCCCGUCACUUCCGGGAUGUGACGAUUUCAGCGUCCAGGCUCAUUGCCUCACCCAGGGGUUUCCGACAUUCAACAACACUAAUCCGGAUCCCGUGCAAAGCGCAGGGCCGGAGAACUUCAAGGCCUUCCCGAACCACCAUUAUUUCGUGAGGGUCUAUCGGCCGCUGGUUCUGAGCUCUGCCUUGUUAAGAAGACAACCAACUUUCUUAUCCGAGCCCUUGUGGCAGACAGUUCCGUGGGAACUCUACCCGAAGCCGCUUUUCGACCAGCUUCUCGAUCUCAUUGCGCUCCUAUCCGGGACACUCCACCACACUGACCAGAUCAUGACGAUGCAGCCGACGUUGCCGCGACGCCACCAAGCACAAGAUCUCCUGCACACCUGCCUUCUCCUCGAGGCCCGAUUUGACGAGUGGCUCGGCCUUGCCCAUAACCAGACCGGGGAGCAACCUGUGAGCUACUGGGCUGGCGAAUUACUGACAUCCAACGGGGAGGUGGCAUUUGCCCACUCCUACUCGUUCAAGGACAGCCUGACCGGCCUCAUGUUCCUGUACUACUGGAUGUCCCAGAUCCGGUUCCGGAGAUGCGUCGAUUGCCUCCACCGAGUCAUAUACGAGCCCGUGGUCGACUCCUACGCGGACAUCUGGCCCGACCUGCCGCCCAACCUACAGAUUGACCUGACGCGGUAUCAGCAGACCCGGGAUCUGGCGGCCAGCAUCUGCCGGGGCCUCGAGUCGACGCUGGAGAGCACGGUGCAGCCGAACCUGCUCCUCGCUCCCAUGACGAUUGCCCUGGAGUUGUACCGGGAUAUCAACCUCGCGACGCAUGACUGCCUACCUGAGAUACUCUGGCUCGAGGCUUUCGAAUCCCGGCUGGUCGACAAGGUCGAGAAUGUGGCGGCCGUGCUGCAGCAGAACCGUUGGGUGGAAGUCACCCGAUUUUAG